GUGCGCUUUUCGCGGCCGGAUAUGUGAGUUGGAUUUGGACAGUAGAGUAUAUUCCAGUCGAUAUACCCUGCAGAGCGCAACGUCCAGAGGGAAAGGAUUUAAAUCGCAGAGGACUAUGACAACCGGUCGCCGCAAUGGCUACUAGUUCCAGCCCCGAGGCCGUGAACAAAACAGGCGGCGGGCCCCAACCUGCGGCUGGCAAGCCGAGCACAGCUCCUGAGGCGAACUCAGUGCCUGUUUCCAAGCCGAACGGACAGUCCAACAAAGGCCCGGCGAGGGAUGGCCGUCCUUCGACCACAAGCUCUGCCACGGCUUCAACAAAUUCGGCAGGCUUUGGGCUCCUGGCACCGGCAGAGAGGGAGGCGAUCGAUACUGUAAACGGCGUCUUCAGAGACGGCCGUGUGCGCGACCCCGUCCCGAGCAAACUGAAGGGUAAGACGGAUGGACGAAAGGGCAACUUCAGCGUCAUACAUAUGGACGUUACCGGGAGGGGAGAGGCGACCGAACGCGAUGCCCAAGCCAAGCGCACCAGCGAAAGCACUGCAUUGGCUGCCAAGAAGGCAUUCGAAAACGGAUAUGUGUCGCUGAGGAGGACGAGGUUCGUUCACGUUCCGGAUGAUACAGAACCAACACCCCCUUUACCUACGCCGCAACAUGCACAACCUAUGCGGCCUUCGCAACUUCCGCAGGCCCCGCCGCCCCCUUCUAGGUCGAACCGUACUCAGCCCCUUGAUCCAGUGCAGACAAAGGCUGAGCAAGCCCGGCUCUUGACUCUCCUACGCAGCCUCCAUCCUGUUCUUGUCGUCGAUCAGAUAUGCAAAGCAUUGGCCUUCUUCGGCGGGAUUCCAGGAGCCCCACCCCCUGUCGACGACGGGUCUUUCCCACAGAGCGCUGAAGCAAACGGUUCGGGAAGGCUCUUCGUGGGAUGGAUCGCGGAGAUCUUCCCGAACCUUGACAAUGAAGGCCAAAGACUGUUGACCCCACUUCGUGAACUGGAGGUUCCCGAGUCGAUGAAACGAAAACGAGGGCGUCCGAAAGGAAGCAAGGCUACCAAGGUUAGAAAAGACAAGGGAAUCAAGAAAGGUCCGCUGAAAACCAGGCACUCAACCGCUGCCCAGUCCCAGUCGGCCGCUGCUAUGGUUGCAGACGAUAGCUGGGUCGACGUGGCAGACGAUGGCGAAGAGUCCGAGAUGGAGGGCCAGGACGCCGCAAUGUUCCAGCAGCCCUUGAACGCGGGCCCAGCACCUCGGCUCGCUCCACCAUCACAGCGUCCGGGCACAUCAACAACCGCCACUCCCCUGACGACAGCUCCAUUUCCUGGUGCGAAUCCAAGCUCCGAGGCUGAAGCCACGCCAAAAGGGAAGCGCAGAGGGCGGCCAAAAGGGUCCAAGAACCGCCCCAAGGAGCCCGCUUCCUCCGAGAUACCGAAUGCAACAUCUCACACGUCGCAGCCGUCGCAGCCAUCACAGGCUUCUCAACCUUUGCCAGCCACUCAGGCGCCAGCCACGCAGGCCAUCCCUAUGUCCCCUUCCAACCAGAAUAACCAAUCAUUUACUGCCGUUAAUUCCGGGUCAAAUCCGACUGUAAAUUCAGCGUCGGAAACGCCGACAAAAAGGAAGGCCGGCCGGCCCAAGGGAUCAAAGAACAAGCCAAGGCCUAGUGACACGGCGGUCGGUGUUGGAUCCGAACCUCAACCAGCAGUCAACGGGGUCCAACCCGUUGCAGGUGCACCUUCGCCGGAUAUACCUUUACUAGGUGGCCAGACCUACCAGGCGCCAGCAGCCCUUGCCCUCCCUACAGGAACAGGAGCAACACCCAAGCAGGCCAACGCCCUGACUGCUACGGCCCAAAAAAGGAAGAGAAAGACCGUUAAGAACACGGAAGAAUCUCGGCUGGUGAAUGAUACUGCGACAAGUUCCGUUGUGCCUCAGGCAGCUGGCAUCACGCUGCCUAAUAGUGGUGCUGCUAGUCGACUCGACCAGUCUGGAGCAGACACAACAGCCAGCAUAGCUCCUCCACCAGCCAAACGACAACGAAAAGGCAAGGAGCCGAAAUCCACAGCUACUGGUGAAGUUCAAAAUCAAGCUUCCAGGGCGGCUGCUGCCGCCCCUGAACCGGUAGCCUUAUCACCUCCAGCACAACAAGGCUUGAGCCAACCCGCAGCCCAUGAUUCUCUGUCUGUGUCUGUUGAUCAAAAUAUGUCUCUUCAAUCACCCCAACUCAGUCAUUUUGAAGUACAGUCACCGACCAUGGAGAACUAUGAGGCACAACUCCAAGCACAGCUUGAACAACAGGCCGAGUCAGAGCCUCAGGUCAUCCCCACGUCGAACCGCGUGGACGCAAGGCACCUCGUGGCAAACCGUCUGCAGCAACAGCAACAGCAGCGGAAGCAGCAGCAGCGACAAAGGCCGCAACAGCAGAGUCAGCAAUCUCAGCACUCGCAGAGCUCUGCAAGCCAAAGCAGGUCUCCUAUACCGCAACAACAAACAACCAAGCCACAGGCGUCAGGUCCUAUAGCUACGCAACAGCCCUCAAGGGCAUCGCAAACCACUUAUUCCCAGUAUCGCCAAACGAAUUCCCAGUACGGCCAGCAACGGCAGUCGUACUCCCCGCAGCACCAGCAACAAUUCUCGACACAGCAACACAGCCCACAGCUAUCAGCACAGACCUCAUCCCAGAACCAGCAAUACCCUGCGGCCACUCAGCAGCAGCAGCAGCAACAGCAGCAGCAGCAGCAGUACCCAACCGGUCAGCAGUACCCGGGAGGCCAGGCCCAGUAUGCGAGCGGGCAGCAGCAAGUAUCUUCACAGCAGCGGUUUCAGCAGCAACUCGGGACAUCCUCGGCGGGCUCUACAUCAUUCGCUGCUCAACAGUCACCACAGUUCAGCUCGUCAACAAACAACAACUUUACUUCAAACGACGGCACGUACAGGGCUUCAUCAGCCGGUCUUAACAGCCAGGCGUUUGCGACCCAGAGGAGCCAGUCUGGAACGACGGCGUCGAGCGGCUACCGCCCAGGAAGCACACACAGCCUGUCUCAGGGCCACUCGCCCUCCUUCGGGACCACGACCGCAGCCCAACAGCGCACGCCGAACCCGGCCCACUCGAGCGUGCAGACCGGGCAGCAGGGCGUGCAGAAUCUGCAGUCCUUUGGGAACACGGAAUGGAUGUUCGACCCGUCGAACCUGGACGGCUCGGGCGGCCACAACGCGCUGAGCCUCAACAACACGUACAGCAUGAACGCCGCAAACGUGCCACGCCCUUCGUCCAAUUCCGGCACCGCCUUCGCUCAGUCGGCCAUGACGAGCUUCGACCCUUCCGCGCUGGGCGGUAGUGAUCGGUACUAUGGAGUUGGCAGGCGCUGAGACGGGGCCGGUAAGGAAUGAGAACAUGAAGGGGGGGUUAUCUAUCUCACGGUCACGGAGAAUUUUGGGGGGUUUCCUACGUGAUGG